CUGAUGAACUGCCAUUCCCAAAGGGAUGUGUCUGGGCAGCAACAGGCUGCUCUUGCUCUGUUGCUGUGGUUACAGCCCGGCAACAGUUCCCAGGCAGUGUGGAACUCAGCUCCAUGUUGUGGUUACAGCCCUGCAGUAGUUGGGAGGACGUAGGUUGCUCAGCUCCAUUGGCUUGGCCACAUCUCUGUGAGCGUUGCACCGGGCAGUAGAACUGCAGUGGCUGCUACGUCCAGAGUGGGGCUGGAGAGCCAAGGCAGCAGCAGCAGCAUCAUGCUGGGCCAGAAGACAAGCCUGAGCAAGCGCAUCCCUGAGCUGCGUGCCAGCAUAGCCUUGCAAGGUGCUGCCCCGUUGGCUUUGAUGAUGGACUGGGCCAGGUGGGGGCUUUUGGUCCCCGCAUCACCCUGCAUGGUACCAACAGCUCCUCAAUGUCCUGCAGGGCAAGCAAGGAAGUUUUACACCAAGGCACAGGAAGAGAAGUUCAAUGAGAAGCGAGAGCUGCUGCCCCGGCUGCGAGAGGCGGUGCAGGAGGAUAUCCAUGUCCUGGGCCUUGUGCGGAAGCAUGAGCUCACCCUCUCUGAGGCUUGCGGAGCAGAGCAGCCCUUGGGCAGGGCUUUGGGCAGGAAGACGUUGGAGGUGGCCCAGGAGAAGCUGCAGGCUGAAAUCUACGGGCAGGUGAACAGAUGCAACCUGCUGCUGGAGCAGGUGAAGCAGCGGAGCCAGGCCCGGGAGCAGCUGCAGAGGCGGCUGCAGCAGCUGCAGCAGGAUGCCCAGAUGGAGGAGAGGCAGCACCAGGCACAGGCACAGGUGGUUCGCACCCUGCAGAACGGCAUUGCCAAGAUGCAAACCAAAGUCCGUGCUGGGCAGAAGGUGACUGCCCUGUACGUGGUGCUGCGGGAUGCCCUGAGGAAGGAGCUGGCCCACCUGCCUCUGCACCUGGACCUCCUGAGCCAGACGGCCGAGCUGCAGCAUGGGGAGGUGGAAGACAUGGAGCUCAUGGCCUCGCAUGGUCGCAGAGCUGCUCGUGUAGCCAAGGAGCACGUGGCCAGGAUGAAAACCCAGUUGCUGGCAGAGAGAGAGCUGAGGCUCCGCACCCUGGCUGCUCACAAAGUGCCCCCGGACAGAGGCUGGCUCAAGGAACCCAAAGAAAGGCUUCUGAAAGCGCGAGCCAGGCAGGACCUCGCCAGGGACUUGCGGAGCCAGCCCGCACAGGACCCACUGGUGGGUGCCAAAGCGGAGGCCUCCAAGUCCCGGCUGCAGCGGGAGGCCUCGGUGAUGGAGCAGAUGGAGAAGGCCAAGGCUGCGCUGCAGUGCUCCUGCCUCUGGGACAUCCCCUGCAGGCUCCUGGCCCAGCACAAGUCCCAGGUGGAACUCGAGCAGUACCUCACAGGGCGCAAGGAGAAGCAGCAGCAGCUGCAGAAGGCACUGGAGGAUCUGCAGCUGAAGCUGCAGGAGCUGAAGUUUCGCCAGCCCCCAGACCCAACCAGGGGGCUGGAGGAGGAGCUGAGGACGAGGCUGCAGUGGGAAGAGGCUCGGCUGGAGCAGAGGCGAGCCCAGCUGCUGAGGAGCCAGGAGACGCUGCUGGAGUUGGAAACCGGCCUUGACAACCUCUGGGUCCGCCUGCGGGGCAUCCCCGUGCCUGGCCAGGAGCAUCCUGUCAAGGCCAUGGCAGCGGACGAGAAGCUCCAGCAGUGUGAGCAGAAGCUGCAGUACCUGGUGCAGCGGGUGGCUGACCUGCCCCCCCCCAGCCAGGAUCAGGAGACUCUGGGCAAGGUCAGAGAGCUUCUGGAGAAAACCCUCGGGAAUGAUCCAGGGAACCAGAAGGUUUCCUUGGAGGACAUGGCCCUGAGGGUCCAAGAUGACUUGGAGUUUGAUGACAGCCACAGUGGCCUCGUCCUCACCAGGGAAGACAUCAAGAAGGAAGGGCUGCGGCUGAGCCAAAGCAAGAAGAAAAGCAAGAGGAGGUAGUGGUUGCUCCCCAGCCCUGGGGAUGCCCCACACCACCCCUUGUACACUUGUGCCUUGCUUUAAUACAGGAGAUGCUUUUCAUUCCCCCAAAGCUUGUGUUAGAGCUGGAACAGGAGGUCGCAGGUCACUUCUGUCCCCGCAACG